AUGAAGAAAGACUCAAACGCGUCGCACGCUUCGAGCGGUUCGUCUACGCAGCCCGGACGCAUAGACCCCGCUGUCAAUGGCAAUGUCCGCAAUGCCGAGACGAAGGCCAAGCAAAUUGGUGACGACGUCUGUGGUGGUCACGACGAGAAGAGUGGCAAGCUCGCUCAGUUCAUGAAGUUGAGGAAAGCUUCCAAGCGACCGCUACCCAAAGAUCAUGGCGAUGGUUCUUAUGCUGUCGUCCCUGCACGCCCAGGUGUUGUCCAGAACCUCAAGGUUCUUCGGAAGCGAGACAUUCAGACACUGACAACGAUGAUCAAGGGUAAGCUCAAGGGCGAGAAGAUCAAGGAUGACAAAACCAUGAUCAUGGAAUAUGUCAUUCAAAUGGUAGCAAAGUUGCCACACAACUCCGGCCUCCGCGAGAAGCUUACGAACACGCUCAUCGAGGAGCUGUGGGACUCACUCGACCACCCGCCACUGCUGUUCGUCGGAGAUGACUGGAAGUAUCGCCGAGCAGACGGUUCGCACAACAACCCACUCUACCCCUGGCUGGGAGCUGCCGGACAGACAUAUGCGCGAUCUGUUGCGCCCAAGAAGCCAACCCUUGCCGCCCUGCCUGACCCUGGGCUAAUUUUUGAUUCCGUCUUUGCUCGUAAUGAGUACACGAAGCACCCGAACAAUGUGUCCUCGAUUCUCUGGAACUGGGCAACCAUCAUCAUUCACGAUCUUUUCUGGACCGAUUUCCGUGACAUUCACAAGUCCAAAACCUCGUCCUAUCUCGAUCUCUCGCCCCUCUACGGCAGCAAUCAAGACAUGCAGGACACGAUCCGCACCUUCAAGGACGGUAAGCUCAAAGCUGACAGCUUUGCCGACAAGCGCCUCCUCGGCAUGCCCCCUGCCGUCAGCGUACUUCUCAUCAUGUUCAACCGCUUCCAUAACCAUGUCGCCGAGAAUUUGGCAGCUAUCAACGAGGGCGGUCGCUUCACGCCGCCAUCUCCUUUCCUCGAAGGCGAAGCGGCGGAGGCGGCGUCGAAGAAGUAUGAUAACGAUCUCUUCCAGACGGCCAGACUCGUCACGUCAGGACUGUACAUCAACAUCACGCUCGUGGAUUAUGUCCGCAAUAUUGUCAACCUGAACCGCACUAACAGUACCUGGACGCUCGACCCGAGGCAGGAGUCUGGCAUACAAGUUGACACAGCUGAGGGAGCUGAGUCGGGGACUGGCAAUAUGGUCUCAGCCGAGUUCAACCUCUGCUACCGAUGGCACUCGUGCAUCUCAGAUAAGGAUGACAAGUGGAUUCAGCAGUUCUACGGCGAGAUUCUUGGCGGCCACCAGGGUGAAUUAUCGCCCGCCGAGAUGGGCAAGAUCUUCAUGCAAUACGAGCGCUCGAUCCCGGAUGACCCUAUUGAGAGGACUUUUGGCGGAUACAAGAGGGGCGAGAACGGCAAGUUCAGUGAUGACGAUCUCGUCGAUUGCGUCAGCGCGUCGGUUGAAGACCCUGCCGGUUCGUUCGGCGCACGUAAUGUGCCCAAGGUUAUGCGGCCAGUUGAAAUCCUCGGCAUGUUGCAAGCCAGAAAGUGGAACGUCGCCGGUCUCAACGAGUUCCGCAAGCAUUUCGGCCUCAAGCCGUACGACAAGUUUGAGGAUAUAAACUCGGACCCCAAGGUUUCUGAGGCACUGCGUAACCUGUACCAGAAACCGGAUAACGUCGAGCUGUACCCCGGUAUCGUCGCCGAGGAGGCCAAGUCGCCCAUGGUGCCGGGCGUUGGUAUCGCCCCCACGUACACCAUCUCGCGUGUCGUGCUUUCAGACGCCGUAUGCCUCGUCCGUGGCGAUAGAUAUUACACCACUGAUUACAACCCGCGGUACCUGACCAACUGGGGUUUUAAUGAGGCCAACUACGACCUCAAGGUUAAUCACGGCUGCGUCUUCUACAAGCUAUUCAUCCGCGCGUUCCCGAACCACUUCAAGCACAACUCGGUCUACGCUCACUAUCCCAUGGUCAUCCCCUCAGAAAAUCACAAGAUUCUGACGGACUUGGGCCGCGUCGACCUGUUCAACUUUGACCGGCCUGCGUUCACGCCACUGCGCGUCAACGUUACCUCCUACGGCGGAGCCCAGCACGUGCUGGAGAACAAGGCCGCGUACCGCGUCACAUGGCACGAAGGUCUGGGAGCUCAGAUGGAUGAGGGCGGUCACAAGUUUAUGCUCGCCGGCGACACCGACUUCCACGCCGGUCAGAAGCAGUGCAUGGCGAGCCAACUGUACAAAACUGACUGGCACGCCGCCGUGCGCAAGUUCUACGCCGACAUCACGGAGCAGCUCCUCCAAGAGAAGUCGUAUACCCUCGGAAACAUCCGCCGCCGUCACGUCGACCUUAUCCGGGACGUUGGUAACAUCACGCACGUCCACUUCGCGUCGCGCGUCUUCAACUUGCCCCUCAAGACAGCUGCCAACCCCAAGGGCGUCUACUCGGAGCAGGAGCUCUACCAGCUGCUGGCGGUCAUCUUUGUUGGCAUUUUCUUCGAUUUGGACCCCGUCAAGUCGUUCCCGCUGCGACAGGCUGCGCGCGAGGCGUCGCAGACGCUCGGCAAGGCGGACAAGAUCGAUCCGCUUGCGGCGUACGGCACGAACCUCAUCAAGGGACUCAAAUCAUCUGGUCUCAACGAUUACGAUAUCGCGUGGAGUCAGAUCCUCCCUACAGCGGGCGCCAUGGUGCCCAACCAAGCACAAGUUGCGGUUGACUACUAUCUAUCGCCGGCCGGUGCCGCGCACAUCCCUCAGAUCCAUGUCAUCGCCAAGCAGCCGCCCAAUAAGGAGAACGACGCUCUCCUUCUCGGCUACGCCAUGGAGGGUAUCCGUCUCGCUGGCACUUUCGGCGCCUACCGCGAGGCCGCAGCCGACGACACGAUCAUCGAGGAUGACGGACGCCGCGUCGAGGUCAAGAAGGGCGACCGUGUCUUUGUCAGCUUUGUCGGCGCCGCGCGCGAUGCCGCCCACUUCCCGAACCCGGAGGUCGCGGACCCACGCCGUCCGCUCGGGGCGUACAUCCACUACGGCCUCGGGCCACACGCGUGCCUCGGCCGCGAGGCGAGCCAGGUCGCGCUCACGGAGAUGUUCAGGGGUCUCUUUCGUAGGCGCAACGUCAGGAGGGAGCCGGGCCCGCAGGGCGAGCUCAAGAAGGUGCCGAGGCCCGGUGGGUUCUUCGUCUACCUGAGGGAGGACUGGGGAGGCGUGUGGCCGUUCCCGUGUUCGAUGAAGGUCAUGUGGGACGAGGACGAGGUCGCCAACGGGGCCACGAAUGGUCAAGAGGGGGCCACCUACGAGCCGAAGGACAAGGCGACGGCGUAG